AUGGCGUGGCAACCUCAAGAAGGCCCUAUACUGGAGUUGGCCGGCUAUCUUAAAGAUAGUUUGGGCAAUUCUUAUGAUUCUAAUGCUCAGAAACGUGCUACGGAGAUGCUCCAGCAAGCCACUAGUCAAUCCCCGGAUAUCAACAAUUACCUUUGCUAUAUCCUAGUACACCCGAACGCCGUCGGCGAUAUGUCACAAACCGAUGCUCACGUCGUCCGAUCUGCUGCUGCUUUGCUUCUAAAAAACAACAUUGCAAACUCGGGGCCCGCUCUUUUACCCGGAAUCGUUUCUUACAUCAAGUCUGAGCUUCUUUUAGGUCUCCGAGACCCUCAUGCUCAAAUUCGGAACCUUACUGGAACUGUCAUCACAACCCUGCUUAAUGUGGGCGGAAUCAUGUCAUGGACUGAUGUGCUGACCCAGUUGAUUGCCCUUGUGGACAACUCCACUGGAGACGCUUCCCUUGAGUACGAGGGCCAGAGGCCUCUCAACUUUCUUAUUCCAAAGUUUAUUCAGUUCACCCAACAUCCCGUUGCCAAAGUCCGGGCAGAUGCCUUGGAUGUAAUCAACAUUUUCUUACCCAUCAAGUCUCAAUCGGUUCUCGUACACGUUGACUCGUUACUCGAGAGUCUAUUCCGGCUCAGUAACGAUAGCGAUAAGGAUGUGAGGAAGGAGGUCUGUAGGGCCCUUGUACAUCUUGUGGAUAUUCGACCAGAUAAGAUUGCUCCUCACAUGGAAGGGAUUGUGGAUUAUAUGCUCUCUCAGCAAAAGCUCAUUCACGAACAGGAAUUGGCUUUGGACGCGGCCGAGUUUUGGUUAACUGUUGGAGAACAUGAACAGUUGAGGGUGGGGCUAGGGCCAUACCUGGACAAGAUAGUUCCUGUUUUGCUUCAAUCAAUGGUAUACGCAAAAGAAGAUAUCAUCAGGCUCGGAGGUGGUGGAGACGAUGCCGAUCAAGAAGACAAAGUGGAGGACAUAAGACCAACUUUUGCGAAGAACAAACAGAGGUUACCGAAUGGCGAGAGUGUGGAAGUUGGAGAUGCUGAGAAAAAAGCCAACGGAAAGACCCCCGGAGAAGUGGCCUUGGAUGAGCUUAGUGAUGGAGAGCUCGAUGAUGACUAUGAUUCUGAGGAUGAUGCUUAUUUGGGAACGGAAGACCCCGAAGACCGGUGGAAUCUAAGGAAGUGUUCAGCGGCAGCGUUAGAUGUGUUGGCAACAGUUUUCCAUCAGUCGGUUUUCGAGACAAUUCUUCCUUACCUCAAGGAGAACCUUCGUCACCCUGAGUGGCCUUAUCGUGAAGCAGCCGUACUGGCCUUGGGUGCUGUAGCGGAUGGAUGUCUCGAGGGUGUUAUUCCUCACCUUCCUGAGUUGAUUCCAUAUCUCAUCUCAUUGCUUGAUGAUGGGGAGCCUCUCGUUCGUCAGAUCACUUGCUGGACUCUUGGUCGUUACUCUCGUUGGGCAUCACAUCUUCCAGACCCUGCCGAUAAGCAAAAAUACUUCGAGCCAAUGAUGGGUGGUAUAUUGACCAAGAUGUUGGACGGAAACAAAAGAGUCCAGGAAGCCGGGGCUAGUGCGUUUGCAAAUUUGGAGGAGCAGAGCAAAGAGCUCUUAAAACCCUACAUCGAACCGAUUGUCCGACAAUUUGUGGUCGCUAUGGGAAAAUAUAAGGAUCGGAACAUGUUCAUUCUGUAUGACUGUAUCCAAACCCUUGCCGAGCAUGUAGGCCACGCACUGGCGGAACAGUCUCUGGUGGAUAUAUUAAUGCCAGCAUUAAUUGACCGGUGGAAGAAAGUAAAGGACGAUUCAAGGGAAUUAUUCCCGCUUCUUGAAUGUCUGUCGUAUGUUGCCACUGCACUGGGGCAUUCAUUUACUCCAUAUGCUGGGCCGAUCUUUUACCGAUGUAUUGGUAUAAUCCAUCAGAACCUACAAUUACAGAUGGCCCAUGAUCCUUUGAUGGAUAAUCCCGAUAAAGAUUUCUUGGUGACUAGUUUGGAUCUUUUGAGUGCGCUUAUUCAAGCACUUGACUCUACUAGUGCCGAAUUAGUUGCAGGAUCAAGGCCAAGUUUCUUUGAGUUAUUGACUGUGUGCAUGGCGGAUGUAAGCAAUGAUGUCCGGCAAUCUGCAUAUGCAUUACUCGGUGAUUGUGCUAUCUACGUCUUUCAACAACUUCACGCAUUCCUGCCGAGUAUCAUGGAAUUGUUGAUUCAACAACUGGAUAUAGAGCUACUGGACGAGGCAUCAUUGGAUACAGGGUUCAGCGUUGUAAACAAUGCUUGUUGGAGUUGUGGGGAGAUCGCUUUACAACAAGGUCCUGGGAUGGGUCCUUAUGUGGAAAGGUUAUACAACCGUUUGGUCAAAAUCAUCCAAACGACCGAUAUUCCAACCUCUGUGACCGAAAAUGCUGCUGUUGCUCUUGGAAGACUGGGUCUAGGCUCUUGUGAUGAGCUCGCACCGCAUCUUGAAUCAUUCGCUUAUCCUUUCCUCGAUGCGCUCCAAAAGGUUGCAGAGACAGAUGAGAAGGAUUCGGCUCUCAGAGGAUUCUGCUUGGUUGUAGGAAGAAACCCGGAGGCAAUGGAGAGUUGCCUCGUGCCAUUUUUCAGGGCGAUUGCGAGAUACAAGGGUGCAAGUGCAGAGUUGAACGAAUUAUUUUUACAGACUCUUCUUGGCUACAAAAGAUUUAUUGCAGAUUUUGAUGCAUUUAUGUCUCAAAUCCCCCCACAAGACCGGGAAUCUCUAAGGGCUAAGUACGCUUUAUAA